CAGCAGAGCACACUUGCAACUAGAGAAGGUCCUGUGGCUGAAGAAGCAGAGGUUCCAUUGUGAGCUCUUCACAACAACUUCCUUCAUUUCAUCCGUAACUAUUUCCCCAUGGACCUUUUCCUCUUUGUGGCAUGCAUUCUGGUAGGCGUGUCCCUAGGCCUGGCUGAUCCACUCGUAGACGAGGAGUGGGAUGUCUGGAAGCAGAGUUAUGGAAAGAUCUACUCUAACACGGAAGAAGAUCAAGCUAGGCGAGCGGUGUGGCUGGAAAAUCUGUGGCACAUUCAAGCUCACAAUGUUCUGUAUGGUCAAGGAAAUUCUUCUUAUAAAAUGGCCAUGAAUCAGUUUGGUGAUCUGACAUCUUUGGAGUUUAAUCAGUUGUACACUGACAUGAAAAUAUAUGAAUUUUCAAAUCUCACCAUUGAGGGAUUAUUUGAUGUUGGAUUGGAAGAAUCUGAUGAAGUUGGUGAACUUGGUGCUUUUCCUAGAAAAAUUGACUGGCGUCAAGAGAGGUUGGUCAGAGAAGUAAAGCAUCAGGGGCGGUGUAAUUCCUGCUAUGCAUUUUCUGCUAUUGGGGCUCUGGAAGGACAACUGGCCAAGAAGAAACAUCAAUACAUGGAACUGAGUGAACAAAAUAUUAUUGACUGUUCAGAUGAAUUUAAGAACUAUGGCUGCAGGGGUGGCUUGCCAUAUCGUGCCUUUAAAUACAUGCGUGAUUAUGGCAUUCAGUCCAGUACAUCAUACCCAUACCGAGGAAAGAGAAAUGAUAAAUGCUUAUUCAAGAGUUCUCAGAGUGUCAUCAAAAUUAAAGGAUUUAAAAGGCUUAAGAACAAUAAAGACAAACAAUUGGCUCGUAUGGUUGCAAGAGUUGGUCCAAUUUCUGUUCUCAUUCAUGCUUCGCAUAGUUCCUGGAGGUUUUAUAAGUCAGGUGUCUACGACAACAGUCACUGCAAGCAAAAGCUUAUUAACCAUUCAGUGCUCUUGAUCGGGUAUGUGGAUAGACACCCAAAAAGCUACUGGAUUAUUAAAAACAGCUGGGGAACUUCCUGGGGUGAGAAUGGUUACAUGCGAAUAAUUAAAGGCAAGAACAUGUGUGGAAUUAACUAUUGCGCUGCGUAUCCUGAAAUCUGAAGAUUUUAGACUUCAAUAUAGUAAAGUGUUUAGCAACUCUUUUGUGAGAAUCACAUUGUUAUAUCCUUAUGUAAUAAAGAUGAAUUUGAUCUGGGAAGCCAGGUGAACCCGACUCCAUGAGGAUCAAUGCAUAUAGUUGUGCUGUUUAUUUUUCAAAUCCUUGUUCAUGUUCGCUUCUAUUUUGUUUGUGUGCUUCUUGUGAUUAAUAAAGGAGACUGUGCAU